UUUCCCCCCCAGCUGGUUGGAAAAAGCUUGACAGAGGCGAGAGACGGGUGGAUGUGUGUCUUUUCAUCUUGGUUUAUGAGUAUAUAACAUUUACCUUCGAACCUGUAUGUAUUUAUGCCAUUGAAAAGGUUGGUGGGGCCGUAUCUGUCCUGUCGGAAACCGGUUUUUCUAGCCAGUGCUUUACGUUGAAUUAAUUCCUCGUUUGUUAUCCAGCUGAUCAGACGUCUCGGUCUUGUUAAUUUCAUCUCGCCUACAGUAGUUGGCUGGCUAGCCAUUUUCGGAUAAAGAACGGCGAUCCCAGUGGAUUACUUGCUCAAGCUACACUACGAUGAGUACCUUGGAUUCCGUGGAUCGAGUUGAACUGUGCGAGAGCCUUUUGACAUGGAUCCAAACGUUUGGAGUGGAGGCACCGUGCAAAACGGUGGAAGAUCUCACCAGUGGGAUCGUGAUGGCUCAGGCCUUGCAGAAAAUAGAUAUUGUGUAUUUCACCGACAACUGGAUAAGUAGGAUCAAGCCUGAAGUUGGAGAUAAUUGGCGGCUAAAGAUCAGCAACUUAAAGAAGGUGUUGAAAGGAAUCCUGGACUACAAUCAGGAGGUUCUCCAACAGCAGAUCAAUGACUUCACCCUGCCAGACAUCAACCUGAUUGGAGAACACUCUGAUGCUGCCGAGCUUGGCAGGAUGCUGCAGCUGAUCUUGGGAUGUGCCAUCAACUGUGAGCAGAAACAAGAAUACAUCCAGACCAUAAUGAUGAUGGAGGAAUCCGUUCAACAUGUAGUCAUGACAGCCAUUCAAGAGCUGAUGAGCAAAGAGACUCCAGUGAUGGGUGGAAACGACUCGUACGCAGACAUCGACAGACAGCUGAAGAAGACUGUGGAGGAGCUGAGUGAAGCUUUAGCCACCAAGGAGGAGAUUGCUCAGAGAUGUCACGAGCUGGACAUGCAGGCCUUCCAUGUACAAGAGGAGCGUGAUAGGCUGAGAUUAGACUAUAUUGAACUAGAAGAGAGGGUAGCAGCGCUACAGGAGGAGAAAGGCAGUCUGCUGGCUGAGAAUCAGAUCCUCAUGGAGCGUCUCAAUCAGUCGGACUCCAUAGAGGACCUGAACAGCCCAGCAGGACGCAGACACCUGCAACUUCAGACCCAACUAGAACAGCUCCAGGAGGAGACCUUCAGGCUGGAGGCUGCCAAGGAUGACUAUCGUAUCCGCUGUGAGGAGCUGGAGAAGGAGAUGAAUGAGCUGCGAGGACAGAACGAAGAGCUCACCUCCCUGGCAGACGAGGCCCAGUCGCUGAAGGACGAAAUGGACGUUCUCAGACACUCAUCUGAUAAGGUCUCCAAGCUGGAGGGCAUGGUGGAGUCCUACAAGAAGAAGCUGGAAGAUCUUGGAGACCUGAGGCGGCAGGUCAAGCUGCUGGAGGAGAAGAACACCCUGUACAUGCAGAACACAGUCAGUCUGGAGGAGGAGCUUCGCAAGGCCAACACUGCCAAGGGACAGCUGGAGACAUACAAGAGACAGGUAGUGGAGCUGCAAAACAGGCUGUCAGAGGAAUCUAAGAAGGCCGACAAGAUGGAGUUUGAAUACAAGAGACUCAAGGAGAAAGUGGACUCUCUCCAGAAAGAGAAAGAUCGUAUGCGGUCAGAGAGAGACUCCCUGAAGGAGACUAUAGAGGAACUCCGAUGUGUCCAGGCUCAGGAAGGACAGCUCUCUACAGGCAUGGUUCCGCUCGGCAGUAACGAGGGAUCUGAUUCGCUGGCUGCAGAAAUUGUGACCCCAGAAAUCCGUGAAAGGCUGAUUAGACUGCAGCAUGAGAACAAGAUGCUGAAGUUAGCUCAGGAAGGAUCUGACAACGAGAAGAUUGCCCUGCUUCAGAGUCUUUUGGAAGACGCUAACAGCAGGAAAAAUGAACUGGAGACUGAGAACAGACUGGUAAACCAGAGACUGAUCCAGGGUCAGAGUCAGGUGGAAGAGCUCCAGAAGAGCCUCCAGGAACAGGGAUCUAAAGCUGACGAUUCAAUCCUUCUUAAGAAGAAAUAUGACGAACACAUGGAGAAGUUGCACCAAGUGAACAAUGAGUUGCAGAAGAAGAGUGCCUGCAUUGAGGACCUGGAGCCAAAGUACACCAUUAGCUGCCAGAGAGUGGAGGAAUUGGAAGAUGCGUUGAAAAAGAAGGAUGAGGACAUGAAACUGAUGGAGGAGAGGUACAAGAAGUACCUGGAGAAGGCGAAGAGUGUCAUCCGGACCCUGGACCCAAAACAGAACCAAGGAUCAGCACCAGAAGUCCAGGCCCUGAAAAACCAGCUGCAGGAGAGGGAGAGAAUGCUGCAUUCUCUGGAGAAAGAGUAUGACAAGACCAAGAGCCAGCGAGACCAAGAAGAGAAACUCAUAGUGUCUGCCUGGUACAGCAUGGGCAUGGCCCUACAGAAGAAGGCAGCAGAGGAACGCCUGGCUGGCACCGGUUCUGGACAGUCCUUCUUGGCCCGCCAGCGACAGGCCACCAGCACGCGCCGCUCAUACCCUGGACAUGUCCAGCCAGCCACUGCUAGGUAGACAUAGCACCAUGACCCCUACCUGACCCUUCACUCGGACCUUUGUCCCAGGGGGUCCGGUAUUGCUAUGGCCAGGUAGUCAAGGCACCAUCACCCCAAUCUGACCCCUCGACCCUGAGCCAACGUGUGUCCAACACACCGACAGAAAGACAGAAGCUCACAGUUCAUUGGCUGUCGGACACUGAAGUGAUUGGAUUAACCUUCUACAAAAAUGUCCUUCAGUCCAACAUUCUACCUGGAGAAUAUACAGUAUAUAAUAAUUAUGCACAUUUCUGUAAACCUUUCUGUUAUGUUUCAUCUUCUGUUAGGUGUCAUUUUGUCUAAUAAUGGUUAAAGUUUCUAUGUAAAAAAAGAAAAGAAAAAAAUAAGCAGAUUGUGAGUAAGGGGGCUUUUUCUGUACACACCGAAGUUUCCCCUCCCAUGUGACUGACAGCUGGGAGAGCUGUGGCCCAUAGGCCUGGGCAGGAGCCUAUCGCAACCAGGGAAUUCACUCAGAGUGUGCAAGCAUUUUGAUUGGUUCAUAUUUACCUGCUUUUUGCAUGCACAGCGCCCCAAGCUUCCUGCCUCUGUGUUUUGCUAAAACACAGAUCAUGAUUCGUUCAGUUUGAAAUGAGGAUGUCCAAUCAAUGGAAGGGUCGGGGGUCAGCCAGGCUAGCUUGAAUCCCAGGACCUCUAUUGCAGCGAGUGAAAUGAUGUGGUGAACAGUGACUUAGUGGCUCAGUACUAAGCCUGUGUUCCGUGACGCUGUUCUGUUUGUCCGUUUUAUUGGUCUGUUUUAGCCAGUCUGCCCUGGCCUGUCCAGGGAUGUUUGUAAGGGUGAGUUGAAAAGAGACUGGCGUAGACUGUGGGCGAGGCAGUUCCAGCCGUGUUAGUAGCAGAAGGUUUUCUCGCAGUUUUCAGGAUGUUGUGGUCUUUGGUCACCAUUGGUGUUCAGAUUUGACCAGGGAACCCGGAGUGUGUCCAUAUUUAGUGUUCUCCAGUAGAUUGAUUUGAUUGAUUGACCAUCCUGAAACAAACCGAGCACCUCUACAGGCCUCUUGUCAGCCAGCAGUCCUUGUUGAGUGUUGUUUUCAUUGAUUACUGGUCAAGUGUCGUAAUGUGUCGUUUUGGGGAAUUCCCAUCUGUUCUCCUUCCUCUAUGACCUGUGUGAGAAAAUAACACAAGUUAACAAACAUAUCAGCAUUUUUGUGCCAAUACACACAUACAUACAGACACAUACAUACAUACAUACAUACAGACACACAUACAUACAUACAGACACACAUACAUACAGACACAUACAUACAUACAGACACACACACACACAUAUAAACACACAUGGGGAACACCAGAAGGAUCAUGAUACAUCCAUGGACCUGCAAUACAAACCCAUGUCCAGGUAGGAGAAUCACUGCCUCCAACCAGCUAAUGGCUUGGAAAGUCUACAUCUUCAGAUUUAGUUUGGGUGCGGGGGGUUGCAUUUCAGUCUGGUAUCUGGUUACUGUCAUUCACUGCUACUGCCUUAUAUCUUCGAGCUGCCCAGGGAGGAAGUCUCUUGUCACACUUGAAGGUUGCAGUUAAAAUCUGAGCUUUUGUAACUUUUUUCAAAGGUUAUACCUGAGAAUUUUUCCUACUGGAUAGUAUUUACUGCACAGAAGUACAAUACAUAGAAUUGGAAUUCCUGUUCAAAUCAGCGAAUCAUCCUUUUUGUUUCUGUGCUUCUGUGUCUGUGUACUUUAUCCCAUCCAUUGGUGAAAUACCAAUAUAUAACCUCUUUAAAAAAAAUGUGUACAACCAUUUUUGUCCCUGACAUCUUUAUAAAAAGUGCUAUGUACAACAGUAUGUGGACACCUUUGGACACCUGCUCUUCAAACAUUUUCAAAAUCAUGGCCAUUCAUAUGAAGUCCCCCUUUUCCUGAUGUAGCAGCCUCCACUCUUGUGAGAAGGCCUUCCACUGGAUGCUGUUUGAUGGGGUUCAGGUCCGAGCUCUGUGCGAGCCAGUCCGGUUCUUCCACAGCGGUCGUGACAAAAAAAAAAGUUUCUGUAUGUGCAUAGGGGCAUCGGAAAGGGACAAACCUGUUGCCUCAACAUUGGAGGCACAGAAUGUCUAGAUGUCAUUGUAUACAGUAUUGUGGAGAUUUCCCCCCCAUCAACAUCUACAGUUGGCACUGUGCUUUCAGGCAUGUAGUGUUCUCCUGGCAACCGCCAAACCCAGAUUUGUCUGUUGGACUGCCAGAUAAUGAAGCGUGCUUCAUCGUUCCAGAGAAAUCCUUUCCACUGCCAGUCCCAUGGCUCUACCCCGCUCAAGCCAACACAGGGCGAUCGCAAGCGGACAGCGACUCGGACAAACCAAUUAAACGACGCUCCAGAUGAAAUCGUUCUUCUGCUGACUUUGCUCUCAGAGGCUUUUUGAAAAGUGUGUGUUGCCAGCGAGGACAGACGGGUUUCACACCCUUCAGCCCUUGGUGGUCCCGUUCUGGGAUCUUGUGUGGCCCUCUGCUUCACAGCUGAAAUGCUGCUGAAAUGUUACAAACUGACUUGUUGAAAAGGUGUCAUCCUAUGACCGAGGCAUGUUGGAAGUCACUGAGCUCUUCUGUGGAGAUUGCAUGUCUGUGUUCUCAUUUGAAUGAACCUGUCAGCCCUGGGUGUGGCUGAAGUAGCUGAGUCCACUCAUUUGAAGGGGUGUCCACGUACUUCUGUCUGUUUAGUGAAUGGGUAACAUCAGGGUAACAUGUUUCAAACUUGUGACUGUUAAGAACAAAAAUAACUUUUUCAUUACUCUUUCUGAUUAGCCAGCGCAUGUGUGUAUGUAUGAGUCCUUUGUUAACAACUCUACAACCCCAUGACCUGACUUGAACCCAUCGUUUUUUACUAUGCUAGUUGGCUUAUCAUAAGAGUUUUCAAACUGAGGUCAAUGGACAGUCCGGGGUCGGCAGAAAACCACCAAGAUGUUCUAGGAAGACACUGGAGAAUUUCUGUUUUGAGUUCAUUUGUAAUUUUUUGCCCUGUUUUUUAGCUGUAACAAACAGUGGAUUUAUUAAUGGCCUGUAGUUUUUUUCCAAAUUCUUUUCAUUGUUGUCGUCCCGGCAAUCAUAUUUUCCUAUCCAGUAAUAUAAUAUAUGUUCAGAUUAAAUGAGAUCAGGCCGCUGUUCCUACUGUUGAGGGUGCUGCGCUGGUUUGUUGCACUGGUUCCAUUUGAUCCUAAACCAGUAUUGGUUUUUAUACAGCAACAUAGAAUGUUGUUUUUAACUUUUUCAUGCAACGCAUUCCAGUAGAUAAACAAUCACAUUUUCAGGUGCUUGGGCUUUCAUGAUGAAAUAAUUACUCCUUAUCUUGUCUAAUGCUUAUCUGGUCCUACAAGACUAAUCUAUAAUCACAACCCAGAGUUUAAUUUCACUAACCCAGCCUGCUAGUGCCAUUUGCUUCCUCCAGGUCUCUGUCCUGCCUCUCACUGGUUUGUUGUGUGUCCUCUCUCUCUCCCUCUUCUCCCUUUCAACAGGGAUGUAAUUGAAUGACCAGCAGGCAGGUGCAUGGUGGGACGUUUGUUGAUUUGCAUGACUUUAUGUUGAGCUGGGCGAGCCUGCAAAUAACCUGUCAUCAGCCCCGCCCCUCACGGCACGGCGAGCAGCUGAGUCCUGAUCAUAUCCAGGACAGCGGGAGGUGUGGUCUCCCAGGUGGCACCUCCCUCUAGGGCCUCCCUAGCCCCGUUACCCCCCCCCCCCCCCCCCUGUCUAAUGUUGAACUCCUGACCCCCUCAUCUUUAACAUCUUAACCUGCUUGCUGAGUGCGCUUUUAACCCUUUGUUGUGGCGCUGCCAUGUUUGGACUUGGACCUCUAGUGGGGUUAAUUGGCUGACAAUGUCUAUCCACUAUGGGACUCAUUAGGUGACCUUGGGGCAGUUCUGGACUGGUUCUGACCAUCAUCUUGGUUGCUGUUUGUCCAUCUGCAUGCAUUUCUGCCCAAAAUGUGUCCGUUGUUUGUAUUAAACUUGUGCUCUCUGUGCAGACCAGGACUUCAUUUGCAUAGGGUGUCUGAUUGGCUCUCUUGACCUAUCAGCAUCAUUCAUUUGCUCUUAGUGGCAUACAGCAAACGAUGUGAGGGAGUUUAGCAAAUGUGGCACUAGUGGGGAUUUUAUCCAUCUGUGAUGUUCAAGUGUGGAUUUCUAGCGCCGAACAUAAAAUAAUACUAUUACAUUUUAUAGAAUGAGGCAAGACCACCAUCAAUUGGUCACAGAGAACCACCUCUUUUGAAGGGAAAGUUUUAGUGAGUCAAUGAGCACAAGCUAGUCUCAUCUGUGUUGAUCACAGGAGGUUUAACAGAAAGAUUUCGGUUGCCAGUCACAUGAAAUGGUGACAAUUUUGUUCUGUUACCAAGAAUGAUUCCACUUACAUAACUUUUAAAUCUUACAGUUAAUCUGUAAUAUUUUUAUUGUUACUGUUAAUUGUUUUUCCCCAUAUUUGUUUAGUAGGAAAGAAAUCAUAAAUUUUAUUUAAUGUUCUAUACUUUGAUAAUAUUUGUGUCCCUGAGUGAGAAUAUUACUAAUCAUUUAUUUAUUUUUUAUUUUUCCAGAAAGCUAUGCAGCAUCACUAGAUAUUACUUAUGAUCUCAUUAAAUUGUUUUCUUUUUGGUAUUUUAGUUUAGGUGGGAAUCUAAAUACUAAGUGUCCAAGGAUUUUUUUUUUUUUUAAUGUUGCAUUUUCUGUGAGGUCCUUCUACCUUGAUAAACAGUGGGAAUGUUUGUUCUCUGAAUUCGUGGGAAGAUUUUAGUGCAACAAGGUUCCGGAAGUGUUAUUGUGACAGCAUGUUUUUCUGUGAACGUUUCCACUGACUAUGAUCAAGCAACUAGCAAUACACGCCAAUGUACUGUAAUAUAAACCUAGUUACCGUAAAUUUAGUCCUCAUUAUUAUGAGUUUGUCUUCUGUUUCAAGGCUUUUUGUUCUCUGUGGCAAGACGGCAUCUGCCCUGGACUGAUGAGACAAAUGCAUGAGUUACUAUUUCAUAUUUAUUUAAUAUCUGAUCCUCUAAUCACAUGUAUAGAUAUUUUUCAGUUUGACUGUAUGUUUUAUUUUUCAUAAGGGCAUAACCUCUGGCUUUUUGUUUUGGAAUGCUUUCCUUGUUUUGUGACCUUAUUACAUAACCCUAAGCAGAACGAUGUUACGCUUAGUCUUUCAAAUGACGAAGCAACAGAAACAUUGCAGGCUUCUAUGUAGCCAUGCCUUUAAGAAUUAGAUAUUUUUUUGUUUUAAUUGGGUUACAAGUCUUUGUAAAAACUGUAGGCUGUUGGCCCAGACAGCCUUUCAGAAAACCACUGCAGAGAGGGAAGCCAUAAGGAGACUGCCACGUACAGGGUCCUGGUCAUUUUUUUUCCAGUCUGUUUUGCAAGAGCGACUUGGCCCAGAAAGACAGUAAUCAGUACAGAGUUAAAAGGUUUCUUACACGCAUCACAAUGGACACAGCAGGUGCUUCAUUUGUCCUGCAGGACGUUGCCAGUUUUCCUUAAGAACUGGAGCCUGGCUUUGUAUCACUGGACAGGCAGCAAGUCAUUGGCGUUUUCUCGCGGUCGUGAUCACGAUAAAGUGCUUUUACUUCCAGCGUUGGUGUGAAAGAAGUGUGAGGAAGAGAGGGGCGCUGAAGGGCAGUAGCAAUGUUGACGUUGUUGUUUUGACUUCAGAUGAUUUGUCCAUAUUAAUAUACAGCUGAUGAACGUUGUUGGACAUGUACGCCUGGUGUAUAAGACCUUAUAAUGUGACUGUCUCCGGGGUAACAGCGGUGUGGUCCGUUAACUGAAGCUUUUAUGUGUCCUAAAUAAUACCCUAUUUUCUUUGUAGUACAUUACUUUUCACCAAAGCCAAAUGAACCCUGGUAAAAAGUAAUGCACUCUAUAUAUAAAUAUUAUUUUUCUUAUUAUUAUAGAAUAUGCUUUGAUUUGAAAUGCAACCCUAGCAUCAGAACCAGUUACCACUUAAUGUGAAAGCAUUACGGCAACACUUUACCCUGACGUUAUAAUGCUUCAUAACUUGUUAUAGCCUAUGAGCUUUUAAACUUUGCUGAUACUAAGUUGGAUAAUACUGUAUGUCUGUUAGCUAUCUCAAAAUGGCAUGUUUUCCCCUGAUCAUCAUGUGAGGAUAUUGUGUUUACAGCGGGCUAUUACACAUUAUAACUGCAUCCUAAUACAUUAACUGCAGGCUUUGAGUUAAGUUACCAAGGUUACAAAUAUUUUUUUCACUACCGUCCAUAACAGUGGAUCAGUCCCAGUGGAUCAGACCUGUUUUUGUCCCCUGCUAGGUCCAGAGGUGUUUUGUCUGUCUUGCUAAGGUACCUGGUACUGGGCUAAUAUAGCAUUAGCCUGGUUCUAUUUGUGCUGUCUUGAAAAGGGAUCUGGUAGAAUGCGAGAGUCCUGCACAGGACAUAAAACCUGAUUGAACCAGAUUGAGUGCAGUAUUCAGUGGAAUGCAACCAAAGCAUUUCUCUCGGCCAUUAGAAGUCUUGUAGUGGAUAAGACACAAAAAUAUAUAAACAGAUGCUUUUCAGUUUAUUCAUCACCAGGUUUUAUGGUUGCAGUCUUUUUUCAUCCAUAGGAAGAAUACCUUUAUUUUCCAUUAAAAUAAGUAGCAAAACAGCCCUUCCAGUUGCCAAGUUUUCUAUUGAUGCUUGUAUACAAUAUGUACAUAAUACCUGUGGGGGGAAGAGAUGCUGUGAGUUCAUAGUGAUUUGAGGGAUAAAACAUGAUUCACUUAGAUGGCUUUUCAUUACCUGUUCAUUUACACGUGGCGAUACUAAUGUGCUUCCUCUGCUACAACAGUGUACAGUUGGUAAUCAAGUUGUAAAUAAAGCUUGUAUGAAACUCAAA